GUUGGAAUGUCUAUUUUCAGUCCAUAAAUACGUCUCUUCUAGGCCAACCCACUUCCAUAUUUUGCAACCAUUUUACCAUAGUUGAAGAUUCAUAAGCUUUCAAACAUGGAGCUUCCAAAUGAAAGUGGAGAAGGAUCUGCUCAAAAGAAAUUGGGAAGAGGAAAAAUUGAAAUUAAGAGAAUUGAGAAUACAACCAAUAGGCAAGUCACUUUUUGCAAACGACGCAACGGAUUGUUGAAGAAAGCCUAUGAAUUAUCUGUACUUUGUGAUGCUGAAGUUGCUCUCGUUGUCUUCUCAACCCGCGGUCGCUUGUAUGAGUAUGCUAACAACAGUGUUAGAGCAACUAUUGAAAGGUACAAAAAAGCAUGUGCUGCUUCCACUAAUACAGAAUCUGUAUCUGAAGCUAAUACCCAGUUUUACCAGCAAGAAUCAUCGAAAUUGAGGAGACAAAUUCGAGAUAUUCAGAAUCUAAAUAGACAUAUCCUUGGUGAAGCUUUGGGAUCUCUGAGUCUCAAGGAACUAAAGAAUCUUGAGGGUAGAUUGGAGAAAGGUUUAAGCAGAGUUAGAUCUAGAAAGCAUGAGACGUUGAUGGCUGAUGUGGAGUUCAUGCAAAAGCGGGAAAUUGAGCUACAAAACCACAACAAUUAUCUUCGAACUAAGAUAGCUGAACAUGAAAGAGCUCAACAACAGCAGCAAAAUUUGAUGCCAGAAACAAUGUGUGAGUCCUUACCUUCACAAACAUAUGACCGAAAUUUCUUUCCGGUUAAUCUUCUUGGAUCGGAUCAGCAGCAGUAUUCGCGUCAAGACCAAACUGCUCUCCAACUUGUGUGAACAUAUGCUGAAAAAGGCCAAUGGAAGUUAUGCUGCAACUGCCCUGAAAUUGCUUAUUAAUCUACUUAAAAUAGUUACAUAUAAAGUAGUAAAGAACCAUAUUUACAUUCCUGCUUUUACUAAUUAAAUGGUUCCUUUAAACUUUACUUUAAACUACAGUUCUUCACAAUCUGAACUAGAACAGAACCAGCACUUGAAUUGAGACCAUAUCUCAUAAUAAUAAUGUUAUAUGGAUCUUUUAAUACAACUAGUUUCUAAUCCA